UUUCUAUUUUGGUUAUGCAAGUUUCAUAUUAUUUUCCUUGUUUCUGCCUUCUUCUUCAAUGAGGGUUAUGGUUUUUGCAUUUACCAGAUGAGCCUUUUCACCUUAAUACCAUUAUGUAAAUUGUCAAUUUGGUAGUGCCAUUAGUGACUUAUUACAUUUGCGUUGAGUAAAUUAAGCAUAAAAUUCUAUGAGCAAGUAGGUGGGUGAUUUAGUUUACUGGAUUAUAAUGUAAGAACUCUUUAUCUUAUUGUGGGUAUUUCCAGGGGUUAUAUAAUGGAGGCCGUGUGCGACGAACAUAAAAUACGGCACCUGAAGAGAUAUUAUAUGAAAUUGAAUUCAUAAGCUUUUAUUUAUCAAGUAACUAUAUGUACACACUUAGAAACAAGCACAAUUUAAGACAUACAAAUAAAGGUGCUUAACACCAACAACAAAAGAUAUGUAUAGUACAUACUAAUGGAAAAUUUAGCUAUUCGGGGCGCUGUGCUAUCGCCAAUAUGCACAUGUCCGCCGCCACCCAUAGGUAAUUCUUACAUUAUAAUGUAGGUUUUUCGUUUAAGUAAUAUUUUUCAUGUCAGAGUGGAUAUGAGUUUUUUUCAUUGGAUAAAAAAGGUUUUUAGUUUGGUAUUCGAGCAAAUUCUCCUUGCAUUGUGCUACGCACUUUCAUGGUUUAGUUUUCAUUACUUUUUUCUUCCUACUACUGACAUAUUAUGUAGCAUUAGUUUAUAAUUGCUUCAUAUUUGAUGGUGGUGUAUCAUGUAUCAUUGAGUCAUAGGCUUUUUUUUUUUGUUUUUGUUUUUAUUUUUCAAUAAGCAGUCCCUGUUCUUUGAGUAAGUUCCUGUGUUUUGUUGUUCUGAAUAAUCCACCUUGUAUAGGUUCCUUGACUGUUACGUUGGUUGUUGUAGGUGAGUAUGAGUUGUUAUUGCACUGGUUAAAUUAUUAAGUGUCAUUAUGUAUGUCAUCAUGGCUUUAUUUGCACUCCCUUAUUUGGAGAAGAGGCUGCUGGUUUUAUGAUUGAAUGAAUUAAUCUGUGUUCCUAUAUCAAUCUAACCUUGUGCGAUUGGCUAGCUGUAGAAGCCUUCUCUGGAGAUUAACGUUUCGAAAAUGGUUGGUAGUUGGCAGCUCACUUAGUCCUUACUCUAGACUUAUAUAUUUAUAUCAUGGAGAUUUUUGUUUCGGACCGUGUUGUCGAUUUCUGUAUCGUUAUCACUUAUGUUUGCAAGGGUGAAUGAGAUUCCACCUCAUACUAUUCCUCCUUAAUAGGAGAUAGAACUUUUUGUAAAGAUAAGGAAGAUAUUAUAAUCUUCAUUGUUAUGGAAGUGAUGGAUGAGGUGAUGAAGCAGACUUCUGAUAGAGAUGGGUGUCAAAAGGCAUUAGAAGCGGCGAUGCAAGACAUAAACAGUUCAUUUGGAAAAGGAAGUGUUACCAGAUUGGGCAGUGCUGGUGGAGCAUUGGUUGAAACCUUUCCGAGUGGGUGUUUGACUUUGGACUUUGCUCUUGGCGGAGGUCUGCCGAAAGGGAGAAUUGUAGAGGUUUAUGGACCAGAAAGUAGUGGGAAGACGACCCUUGCUUUACAUGCAAUUGCAGAAAUCCAGAAAUUGGGGGGAAAUGCAAUGCUUGUUGAUGCAGAGCAUGCAUUUGAUGCAGCAUAUUCAAAAUCUUUGGGAGUGGAUGUCGAAAAUUUGAUUGUUUGCCAGCCUGAUAAUGGGGAGAUGGCAUUAGAGAUUGCAGAUCGUAUGUGCAGGUCUGGUGCAAUAGAUCUGAUUUGCAUAGAUUCUGUAUCAGCUCUCACUCCUCGGGCAGAGAUAGAGGGUGAGAUAGGAAUGCAGCAGAUGGGCUUGCAGGCACGUCUUAUGAGCCAAGCUUUACGUAAAAUGUCUGGAAACGCAUCAAAAGCAGGCUGUACUCUCAUGUUUUUGAAUCAGAUAAGACAUAAGAUUGGGGUGUACUAUGGAAAUCCUGAAGUGACUAGUGGAGGAAUUGCCUUGAAAUUCUUUGCAUCACUCCGCCUUGAGAUACGUUCUAUUGGAAAAGUAAAAUCUGUCAAAGGAGAUGAAGAUAUUGGGUUACGGGUCCGUGUUAGAGUGCAAAAGAGUAAGGUGUCAAGACCGUACAAACAAGCUGAGUUUGAGAUCAUAUUUGGUGAGGGUGUGAGUAAGUUGGGUUGCAUAUUGGAUUGUGCUGAAAUAUUAGAUGUUGUGGCAAAGAAGGGUUCAUGGUAUAGCUACAAGGAUCAAAGGUUGGGACAAGGAAGAGACAGAGCAUUGCAAUACUUGAGAGAGAACCCUCAGUUGUCUGAUGAGAUUGAGCAGGUUGUUCGGCCCUUAAUGGCUGACGGGAUCGUUCAAGCAAGAUACCCGACCUUGCCACAGCAAGAGGAAGAAUUUCUAGAAGAGGUGCAAUGAGAUGGAGCGAAGCACCACUGGGCACUAAUUGAUAUCAUCUGGAGGGAAUUUCGAAACAGCAAUGAUUGGACCAAUGAUUGCCGAACUAGCAAAGUUUAGUGAAAUAUACUCAGAUCCAUUCCCAACACAACAGCUGUUUGAAGUCGAAGAUUGAUCUAAUGAUUUUUUCCAGCUGCUUUAUGGCAUCGGUCAGCGACCGGACGUAAUAUGAGGCUCCAAUGUCAUGCAUCAGGUAUGAACAAGGUUCAAGAAAACUGGUAGAUAAAAUUUGAGUGAAAUUCAGAUGAAGUAGGGUUUGGCUGUUGUAUUUAGUGAUUAGUGUUUAUAUGCAUUGGUUUCUUGUAAUGUGAAUUAAAUACACUGUCUAAAUAUUGACAUAAAAUCAAUCCAAUGACCUUUUUAUCCGACA